AAUUUCUUUAUGAAACGAUGUCGAUCGCUAUCGAUUUUCGGUAUGAACGUCUUUAAAGGCCGUUAUAAAGAAAUGUAAAGAUUUUUAAAGAAAUGGUUGACCGGGAAGGACUGCAGAUCCAAGAGAUAUGGCGGGCUAGGUAUGUAGAGUGCGAUGAGAGGAAUACGAAUGUAGGUCAACCCGGAAAGACUCAGGCCAGAUUACCGUAAAUCAGUGGAUGAGUUCAACACUAUUCUGUCUGUAUUUGCAUUUAGGGGAGUUUUCUCCCCUUCUCUCAUGUGCCUCAUGUUGCCUUGUACCACAAACGAAAUAAAAGCGAUUUAUCUUUGACGUAGAGCCAUUUUUAACAUAUGGACUGAACUGGAAACUGAAACGACUUGUGAUAUAGGUUCUUCGCUUUUUAACCUAGCUUGUAAUAGUUGAAUCGAACUUGACAGUUUUUUCAUGAGUUGUUAUGUACAUAUUUUAUAGUUCAGUCAAACUGGAGCCUCAAUAUUGCAAUAAGGCUAUCCAUGAGACAGAUGCGAUCAGCUGAUUUCUUUUGUUUACCAUGUGAUUUUGACAUCCGAUGAUCGGAGUGACAGUUGACCACAAAAGAAUUUGUUAAGCAUCGAUAACACUUAACGAAACUUUGUUAAGUUGUAUUUACACUGUGUUUACAUUUUUAGCUGUCACCCCCAUCGCGGUAAGUCGCUAUGGAUAGCCUUAUAACGGUUAAGCACGCUGUAACGAUACUUAUGUACACUCAGGAAAAUUGCCUCAUACUUAAUGGCAAAUAUCCAUGUGCCAAACCACAUCCAAAGUAUAUGCAACCAAUACCCGAUUACGCAGGCAAAUUAGCACAUGAAAAGUAUGUGCUCUAAAUUGUAUGAGUCGCUACUGUAUGGUGCCUCAUCAAAAGUAUGAGUCGCACUAAUGGAAAACAUUUGUUUAGGGGUCAUUCAAAUAUUACGUAACGCAAUGAGGGGUGGGAGGGGGUCUAGCACUGUGUUACGCUUCAUACAAAAUUUCAAAAUCUUCCAUACAAAAGUUGUUACGUGGGGGAGGGAGGGGGUCUAAAAUUGUAAUAUUUUGCGUUACGUAAUAUUUGAAUGAACCCUUACCCCCAUUGCAAAAAUCCAUGUCCCGGACACAUAGAAGGAAUGAAGAUUUUUUUCCCAGUGUACCUCGUCACCCACUUCAUGCAACUACAUUAGUGGUCUAAUAACAUUUACCGCGCUCGGCAUAGUUCCAUUAUGCCGCUCAAAAUGUUGCCACAAAUAAUGCUUAGUUUGCAAAACCCAGUUAUCUGGCUGGUGGGACAUGGAAGCCUAAGCUUCAACUGUUCAUACAAUCAGAGGCUUGGACGAGUUUAGGUUAAUUUGGCUAUAACUGCCAUUAACGAAGGAACAUGACGAGAUAAUAUAACAUUAUAUCACGGAGACAAAUUUCGUUCGUUUGAAACCAAAAUAUUCAUGUUUAUUCGGUAAACUGAUAAAAUAUUUAAAACUAAAAUAUUAAUUUUUAAAACAAACUCAAUUACAUAUUGAUUUUUACAAUACUCAUUGAAGAGCCCCCCGUUCCGCCGUUGAGAACAUUAACAAAACUCUCAAGUUCCAGCUGCAUCACCAAACAAGAUUUCCUCUUGCAAAAAAGGCAAGUUUCACCAAAAGUUUCCACGAAAUCCCAUUGAUUUCGGUAGCGUAUGUUAUCUACAUGAUGUUGGCAUUGAAAGUGCCAUGCAGGAAGUGGAUUUUCCUAGAGAAGGAAAUAAUUUUGUAAAUUUAAUUGGAAAACAAAUAUUUCCGUAGGGCCGACCUGCCACAAAAAAAAACAAAAAAAAAUACAUUUGUUUCUAACAUAACCAGUCAGAAGAUACAUGUUUGUUUCAAAAAUGGAUUGAAUUUGCUUCAAAUGUGACGUUCGAUUUGUUCCAAACAGUUUUAUUUUUGUUGCCAGAACAAAUUGACAAUUAAUUUGAGUUUACCUGAAAUAUUUUUGAUUUUACCAUGCUUUUUUCUGCGUGAUGGUUUAUCUAAUGUAAAACAAUAAGGCAAUCCAUGAGACAGAUGCGAUCAGCUGAUUUUUUUGUUUACCAUGUAUUUUUGACAUCCGAUUAUCGGGGUGACAGUUGAAUACAAAGGAAUUUGUUAAGCACCGACCACACUUGACGAAACUUUGUUAAGUUGCACUCACACUAUGUUUACAGUUUUGGCUGUCACCCCCAUCGCGAGAAGUCGUCAUGGAUUGCCUUAUACAACAUAACAAAAGAGAACAUUUCCUAAACCUUUUGAUUAAAUGUAUAGCCAGUAGUGAAAUUAAUUAAAAACAAUAUAUUUACGGUACAUUUUAUUGUUUGAAACUAUACAUGUACCCUCGCAUGUACCAUACAAUAUACGGUAUAUUAAAGCCCACGUAUCAGUAUUUCGAACAAUUCAUUUACAAUAAAAUGUAUGGUUUUGCAAAAAUAUAUAUGUAUAUGGAGAAAAAUAUUUUUUGUAUUGUUACGAUACUUAACAACCUGUAUAAUAUAUUGUAAAAAUCUUAUUUACAAUUCACUGUGUGCUGAGUAAAAAAUAAAAGCUGUUUAGCCAAAUUUGAGUUUUUCAAACUUAUUCCCAAGGUUAAAAUAUUUUUCAGUGUAAGGCAAUCCAUGACGACAUAAUAACGCGAUGCAAGUAUAGACACUAUAGAUUCCAUAGACUCGCGGAGGUUCAAAAAGUUUUUUUGGCAACCAUGGAAAACCAAUAUUUUUGCUGGCAUCCCUGAAAAAGGUUCAUGCCUCCAAAUAAAUUUGUUUUUGUUGUCAACUAGUCGGGUUGUUUUGAUGUGAAACUUCGUGCGCGUAAACAAAAAGUUAAAAAAUGAAGUGCAAAGCUAAAUACUGUAAUAAUGAAUCAAGAAGCGGUGUACAUAAUGUGUCAUUCUUCCGCUUCCCACGUAAUAAUAAAGAGUGCGAUGAGUGGAAACGAUUUUGCGGUCUUCCAGCAGAUUUCACCCCCACCGGCCAACAUCGUAUUUGCAGCCUGCACUUCCGCGAGGAGGACAUCUAUAUGGACGUGCACGGGAAGCUGCACAGGAUGUCAAAAUCGGUUCCGGUGUUUGAGACAGUCGCUCAAGUGGGCGAAACAACGCGGCGCAGCAAGUUGUCUCUGAGUUAUGAGUCGGAUGCGGAGAACACACCACCGAACACACUGCCAUCUCAAAAUGUGUGUGAACCAUCAGAAAAACCACAGGAAUACAUGGAGUAUGAAUUUCUCGAUGAGGCGUUUGUUCAUCCCGAGGGAUUAGGUUUUGGAUCCAGUGUAAACUGUGCUUCCAAUGCUAACGAAACACACAGCAGUUGUGCCAAUUGCGUGACAUCGGCUCAGAAACGGGAAAAGGACAGAAGACUCAUAAAGCGUGUCCAGAAUGCGAAUGCCGCACUCAAACGGAAGCUUGAAUCCUUCGAGAACAACCCGGAGACCGAAAAGAUUCGUAAGGAACUGGGAGAUGAUCAGUACAAGUUGAUUACGUCCGGGUUGAUCAGAAUUGGCAAAUGGUCCAAUGAAAGCAUAAUGGAAGGUCUAAGGACUAGAUUUGCGUGUGGAUCAAAGGCUUACGAAAUUGAACGAAGGAAACGGAGGCUUCCCAGUUCCAGGACUUUAUGCGAAAGAUUGCAAAGCCUGAGGUUCGACAGCGGCUGUUUGGACGAAAUUUUUGAUAUCCUGAGCCUGAAAAUCAAGCAGCUACCGGAUGACGACAAGGAUUGCGUCUUACUCUUUGAUGAGAUGGCGAUACAAUCAGGAACCGACUAUUGUCCUAACUUGAAAAAGUUUGUUGGAAAUGUCACACUCCCAGAGCACACAGGUAUUGCAAACCAUGCACUUGUGUUUAUGCUCGCAGGUGUCAAAACACACUGGAAGCAGGUUAUAGGAUACCAUUUCACAGGGGAUUCCAUCAAUAAUGGAUGUCUCAAGGACAUAAUUUUUGAGCUGAUCCGAAAAGCUGAAGGAAUUGGGUUUCGCGUACACGCUGUGGUUUGUGACUGUGGGGGUAAGCAAUCUUGUCAGAUGAUCUCGUAUUUCACAUUUUCAUUAGAAACAAUUCGAUUUGAAUAUGUUGCUAGUUUGCUGAAAAUCAGGGACAAAUACGACCUUAGAGCACAUCUAGGAGCAGUUAAAUACAAAUAUAUUGCGCUCCGUACUACUGUUUUCAUAUUGAAAUAAUAGUUUUAAUUACUGGAGGUAAAUGCAAAAUAUGAUGAAGCCACAGCCUGAACUUUCAAGAGCACAAAUCUGAAAAACCAAAUGCCGGUUUGCGCUGAAAAGUUGAUCAAUUGGUUA